AUGAAUGCUCCAGAAGUGGAAGUGAGCAUCACGGGAAUAAAACACUCUCCAUCGACACCAAACAAAGUCGUCAUCAUGAUCAACACCAAGUUCGAUGAGAUUCUUGAAAACCCAACCACCGGUCUUCGUACACCAACCGGCCGGUCCACUUUGGUUUCUCCACCACUUCUCAUCUACUUCGAUCUCUGUACUACAAGCCUCCGUGACAUAGAAGAACUUCUCGGAGAUAAACUUGCUAGCCAUCGAUGGUUAUGCGUAGACUUAGCGUCAGAUAUCUCAACCUUUGCAAACGAAUUAGGUUUUGGGUUUAACGGGGUUACAUUGACCAUCUCGGUAAAACUCACUUACCAGAACGUUGUGGUUGUGUCCGAUCCUGCUCCAGACGAGGGGUUGUCGUUGAGGGCUACGAUAUUAAGAAUUGUUUUGUUAGGUAAGAUAGAUAGAGAGGAACUCAAGAGUUUAAAGAUGGAGACAGAGUCUUGUUCGAUUUGUCUGGAUAAUCUCUCUGGUUCUUCUUCGAAACGUGGUGCUGCCACACGCAUGAACUGUUCUCAUGUCUUCCAUGAUCUUUGUAUUUUGGAGUGGCUUCAACGCAAAAGGACAUGCCCCUUGUGUCGGACUGUCUUGUAUGAUUGA